UUUAAAUGCUUCCGUUCUUCAAACCCCAGCAUAACAACACCCUCGUACCCCGACGCGCGGUAGCCCGGUCUGAGGGCAUCUUGGGAGGGCAUAUCCUCUGGCGCCAUCUGCCGUAAAGAUCGUCCCACCAACGGGGAGGAGAAGGUUCGCGGUAACCAGGCAACCAAAGAAGCUAUAGGUUACAACUGCUAGAAGCCACCGCUAGCCAACCGCCGCCUGGGAAGCGUUUUGAGGCAACUAAAUAAAAUAAAAAAGAGCGUUUACCAGACACCCAGUCCAUUGACACCAGGACAAAGCAUCUCUGCGACAUCUGGGCUGUCAUCAACGCCAUGUCCUGUACUACUGAUAACAACGCCAAGCCAAAGUCCAUGAGCAGAGCCAAAGGAUGGACUGCAGAGGUGGAGAACCUGUUCAGAUUCCAACAGGCAGGCUACAGAGAUGAACUGGAGUACAUACAAGUCAAACAAGGGGCUAUGAUUGACAAAUGGCCAGAGACCGGCUUUGUGAAGAAGCUCCAACGUCGAGACGACACGUUUUAUUACUACAGCAGGAAAAGAGAAUGUCAGGACUGUGAUGUCCAUAAAGUCAAAGUCUAUGCAUAUUAAGGUGUUCUGGACUCUCCCAUCCGCCGAGGAUGGAGCUGCAUCAUCCCACUUAUCAAUAGGAUACAGCCAACACAUGUCAACACACACAAUAGGGCACAGAUGACGCCCCCUCUGAAGGCGAAGUAGUGGCCUUUUUGUUUUCAAUAAAUGAACUUUUAAACUGCAUAUGAGAGCUGCUUUGUAGAGGCUUCGCAGUGUGCUUCUUCUGGAUUGGGAGAUUUUUGUUUUCCGCAGAGUGAACAUAAUUAUUUCCCACACGAAAGUCCGUGUUUCUCUAAACCAGACUUAAGUUUGUAGAAUUCAUGUUCAUGUUCAAGUCGAGCUUUCAUUGUCAUUUUCAGUCGUAUGGGUGAGAGAGAGUUUGUGUGACCAAACUCAGCAAAGUUGCCCCUAAAGUUUGUUUUAACCAGAUGUAAAACCAACAGUCAAGGCUGGAUUACAAAGCAAAGCAGGUACUGCCUGGGCAAUCGAGACUCUCAACGGCCCCAAUGGCCCCAGACUGCAAAGUACGCAUUUGUUUGGUAAUAUGAACUAAAGCACAAUACCAGUUGAAAUGUUACUGGCAUUCUCUCUCCCUUUUCGCCUGUACCACAUUCGCUUUUUUACCUUUUCUUGAGGCCUGAAGGCUUAUUCACAUUAUCACAGAAUAACAGCUUUUGCGUGCACCUUCUCCACUACUGUUGUUUGUUGUGGUCCAGCCAGAGCGGGGGGUGUGUGCCCAAAGUUCAGGUUUCUUGAACUUCGACCUUUG